AUGGCGGAACCCGUGGCAUCGGACGCAACAGCGACAGAAGCAGCAUCCCCGUCCCCUACCCCAGCCCUUUCUCCAGCAGCAAGCCCGGGCUCUGAGCCUCCUUCCAUGGCGCUUUCACCCUCCGCAGACGGUUCUCAACGACUACUGUUCUCGCAUGACCUAGUGUCUGGUCGGCACCGUGGCUCGGUACGAUUCGGCCUUGUGAGAAUGAUCCAUGGUGAGGAGGAUUUUAACUCUGAUUCGGACAUUGACGGCGAUGGCGGUGGUAGUGGCGGUGGAGGAGGUGGUGGUAUUCCCGGUAACUCAGAUAAUGAAAGCGGUGCGGCAGACUCACGGACACGGCCUCUAGGAAGAGGCUUUGUGCGAGUGCAGUGGUAUCCUGAAGGUGGGAAGCAAGACGUGCGGGAAACGAAGCUGAAACUUGAAGAUCGAUCUAUAGUGCCUAGAGACUUUGUACGGCGGAUGAAUUCAAAUGACAAACAGUGCGGUAUCGUGACCAACAUUAACAUUGAGUGUGCCGUCAAAAUAGUGGGGACCAAUUGCGUUCUAUAUCCUGUGAAUAGCAGAGACCUGCAGCACAUCUGGUCUUUUAUGUAUGGAGAUUAUAUUGUUUACGACUUCUGGCUGGGGAAAGUCUAUGACUUGAGCAACCGCAUCAUUCUCAAGCUGUCCAACGGAGCACGAUGUUCAAUGAGUGAAGAGGACGGUGCCAAACUCUACGAUGUUUGUCCUCACGUGAGUGAUUCGGGACUCUUUUUCGAUGCAGCGUAUGGAUUUUACCCUGGGCAGGUGCUGAUUGGACCAUCUAAGGUGUUCUCCAGCGUACAGUGGCUGUAUGGCAUGAAACCAGUUCUGAGUAAGAAGAGCAAGUUCAGAGUGGUGGUAGAGGAGGUGCAGGUGGUGGAGCUGAAGGUAACGUGGAUCACAAAGAGCUAUUCACCCAAAGGCUCUGAUAGUGUUUACCCCCCUCCCUCCACCAUAACCCAGGAGAACCUCUGCAGAGUAAAGCGACUGGGCUACUAUGACCAUACCCAGAGGCAGCUUGGGGAGCGGGCGCUGUAUGUAUUCCCAGCCAAAGGAGACGCUACACGCAUUACCUGUGAGGGGCCAGAGGGGGCCCCCGUCCUCCCUGAAGACCCCGUGGCACGCAAGCUGAAAAGAAUGUUUAAAAAGGAUUCUGGAAAGAAAGCUACGGAGAACGCAGACAUACACAGCAACAGUGUGCAGCCUGUGGAGAAAGCAGAAAACACAGAAGGUGAGGAGGUGCAGGAGGAGGCCUUGCGUGAUCGCACCGAAGAGCCUCCUGUCCCUCGCUGUUCAAACAAUGGCCCCAUGCCACGUCCGGAGGCGGCGGCAGCGGAGGAGGGAGGAGGAGGAGGAGGAGGAGGUCCAUCUGCAGAGGUGAACCAAGGACAGUGGGCUCACCUGGGAGAACUGGACUCAGACGAGGACCUUGCCGAGGACACGGACGACACCAGCUCCAUCACAUCCUCAGCCAGCUCCACCGCAUCGCUCCAGAGCGGCCCCAGCCGUAAGAAGAGCAUCCCCCUCUCCAUCCGAAACCUAAAGAGAAAGCACAAGAAGAAGAGAACCAAGUUCUCUCGGGAGUUCAAGCCUGGAGACAGGGUGGCCGUUGAGGUGGUUUCCACGGUGACGUCCGCAGACGUUCUCUGGAAGGACGGCAGACUUGAGACGGGGAUCCGUUCCAACGACCUCAUACCCAUACAGCAUCUCGACAACCACGAGUUCUGCCCCGGAGACUACGUGGUCGACAAACGCCCUCAAGCUCUUCAGGAUCCAGGAGUGUACGGAGUGAUACAGUCAGGGGACCAUAAGGCCAGAACAUGUGUUGUUAAAUGGGUCAAACUCAACGCUUCUGGAGAUGAUGUUGAGGUGAUUGGGGAGGAAGAGGAUGUCAGUGUUUACGACAUCGCCGAUCAUCCAGACUUCCACUUUCGCACCACCGAUAUCGUCAUCAGAAUAGGACACUCAGACACAGAGGACUGUGAGAAUGAGACGUCUGUGGGCCAGGUGUCAAGAGUGGAUGUCAGCAGUAAGGUGGAGGUGGUGUGGGCGGAUAACUCCAAGACCAUCGUACUGCCGCAGCACUUAUAUAAUAUUGAGUCUGAGAUCGAGGAGACAGAUUAUGACUCGGUAGAAGGGAGCAGUAGUGGAGCCUCCUCAGAAGAAUGGGAGGACGAGAGUGACAGCUGGGAGACGGACGACGGCCUGGUGUCGGAGGAACAUGCCGAGGAACCUGCUGUAGCCACGCCUACGUCUGGAGCCCUGGCCGAGGGGAAGCCUUCAACACCCUUCUCCCCCAGUAGUACAGAUGCACAGGGGGCUGGCCUCACACCAGACAUGGCUGGAGGUGGAAGUGUGGGCCCUGCCACAGAAGAGAAGCCCGCCAAGGAGGGACCUCCACGGGGUUUCCGUGAGUUGAAGGAGGCCCUGAAGAUUCUGGAGAGCCUGAAAAACAUGACGGUGGAACAGCUGUGGACUGGAUCUCCAACCUCACCUACUGCAGAACCUUCCUCCGCUGCCACGGCGACCACGCCCGCUGAUGCCAAACCGACCAAGGAGAAGCGUUUCCUCGAUGACAUCAAGAAACUGCAGGAGAACUUGAAGAAGACGCUGGACAACGUGGCUAUUGUGGAGGAAGAACGUAUGGAGGCUGCUGUCGAGGAAGAACGAGCCACGGUGCCGGUACCGGCAGAGCCUCAGACUCCUGUGCGUUCCGAGUGGCCCAGUGACACGCCAGUCCUGUGCCAACAGAGCGGUGGCAAACCAGGUGUCACGUUUACCAGUGCCAAAGGAGAAGUCUUUUCUGUUUUGGAGUGGGCACCAGACACCCACACCUUUAAGAAGAUGGAGUUCCAGCCGGCAGAGGCAAAGAAGUUCUUUAGCACAGUGAGAAAGGAGAUGGCAUUACUGGCCACCUCCCUGCCUGACGGCAUUAUGGUCAAGACCUUCGAGGACCGCAUGGACCUGUUCUCCGCGCUGAUUAAAGGCCCCACGCGUACACCGUAUGAGGACGGCCUGUUCCUCUUUGACAUCCAGCUUCCCAACAUUUACCCAGCCGUCCCCCCCCUCUUCCGAUAUCUCUCCCAAUGCAGCGGUCGCCUUAACCCCAAUCUCUAUGACAACGGCAAGGUGUGCGUGAGCCUGCUGGGGACCUGGAUCGGCAAGGGCACAGAGAGAUGGACUAGCAAGUCCAGUUUACUCCAAGUCCUCAUAUCUAUUCAAGGUCUAAUCCUGGUCAAUGAGCCCUAUUAUAACGAAGCAGGGUUUGACAGCGACCGUGGGCUCCAGGAGGGCUACGAGAACAGCCGCUGCUACAACGAAAUGGCGCUCAUUAAGAUGGUUCAGUCCAUGACGCAACUGCUGCAGCAGCCCGUGGAGGUCUUUCAGCAGGAGAUCCGUGAGCACUUCAACUCCAGCGGCUGGAGGCUGGUCCACCGGCUCGAGUCCUGGCUGGAGCUGGACGGGGCGGUGGUGGAACGUGGGCCCCGCGGUGGAAGCCUUCGGGGAGAAACCCUGGAGGAGGAACUGCCCCAGGCACUGGCCCACAGCAGUCCUAGCAAGCAGGACCUGAGGAGCGAGGAGGAGCUGGAGGACUCAGGCCUCAGCCCGUCCACCGUGGGGCCCAGCGGGCCUCCUGGCGCAGCCGCACAACAGGACCUGAGCCAGACCUCGGACUUUGACGGCUCAAGCGUGGGGGCCGCCGGUUCCGAGGGGACAGAGAUUUUGGACGGGGCGUUGGGAUGCGGGUCGGUACCGCAUGCCGGGAAGACCACCCAGGACCCCCAGCCCGCCGUCAGACCAAAGAAGCGAAGAAAGAGCUACCGAAGCUUCCUGCCGGAGCGGAGCGGAUAUCCGGACAUUGGCUUCCCUCUCUUCCCGCUCUCCAAAGGCUUCGUAAAAAGCGUUCGCGGGGUCCUUUCGCAUUACCGAGCUGCCCUGACCGCUGCCGGCAUCCCCGAGCACCCAGAGGACAAAUAA